CCCCCCAAACCUUCUGCAACAACAAAAACAAAAACAAAACCUGGAGGGACAUCAGAUGGUGGGUCCCGAACAUAAUCCGUUGCAGACCACCAGAAUUGAUGGAAGGUCGAUCUUCAGCGCAUCAGACAUCAAUGUAAUAAUGAAAGUAGUUAUGGACACGCAUUACCCUGAUGGCACUGCGGUUGAUGUCAAAUCUCUUCUGAAAAUCACAGAAGACAUCCUCCCGCAUGCCACCAUUAAAGCUGAUCCCAUUUCAUCGGGUCCACAUACAAAUAAAGAUAUACCGAAUGGUGGACUCGAUCAAACCGAUGUUGUUGUAAUGCUCGAUUCACAGUCUCACAUAAUAGACAAAAUCACCAGUGAGUUGAAGUUACCUCGGGACGGGCACACAACAGCCCUUGCAGUAUUAGAAAAGGUGAGCAAAUUCCAAUGGGAUGCAAAGUUGGUGCUAACCCUAGCAGCUUUAGCUAUCAAUUACAAGGAAUUAUGGAUGCUGACUCAAAUGCACUCAUCAAACCAACUUGCUAAAUCUAUUCAAACAAUCAUGGCGCAUACGGCUUUAUUGAAACCUCAGCUUGAUGCCCUUAAUAAACUCGUUUACUCAAUUUUGGAAUUGACGAGAUGUAUUAUCCAAUUCAAUGAGCUUCCAUCUAUGGACAUAACUCUCGAUUUGCCACCAAUCAACACCAUUCCUAUUGCUGUCUACUGGAAUAUCAGAGCCAUCAUCAUGUGUGCGACUAUGAUUGCUGACUUGACCAUCAAAGACCAUGAGAUUAUGGUUUCGUCUUCAGCGUUGCAAUUAUGGGAACUAUCGACAUUGACUGUAAAGAUUGAUCGCAUAAAUGAGUUUCUCAGGCAAAAACUGGACAAUUAUAAACGUGUUGUUGGAGACAAGAAAGAAAUUGAAUUCAGGAGGUCUUUCAGUCAACUAUUUGAAACAAGCUAUAUGGAUAACAUGAAAAUCCUCAAAAUCUUGAUUACGCCCAGGGAUGAUAUACUACCACUCUUUGAUGGCAAAAUGAAGAAGAGGGUUAGUCUGGAAUUCCUGAGGAAGAAGAACGUGCUGUUGCUGAUAUCAGGGGUAGAAAUGUCUAGUGAGGAGCUAUCGAUUCUUGAAGAAAUUUACAUGGAGUCUCGCAUUCAGGGAGCAAGGGGAAAAGCUCUGUAUGAGGUCGUGUGGAUGCCCAUUGUUAGCCUUUCUGUAGAGUACACAGAUGAAAUCGACAGGAAAUUUGAGGAGAUGAAGAACAAAAUGCCAUGGUACUCUGUGUCCCACCCUUCCAUUAUCGACAGGGCAGUUAUCAUGUCCAUAGGAGACAGGUGGCACUUUAGGAACAGGCCUAUAGUAGUGGUUUUGGAUCCACAGGGAAGGGAACUGAGCCCUAAUGCCAUCCACAUGAUGUUGAUUUGGGGGAACAAUGCCUUCCCUUUCACCAGCUUGAAAGAGGAACUAUUGUGGAGGGAUGAGACUUGGAGGCUAGAGUUCCUCGUUGGUAGCAUGGACCCCACAAUACUCAACUGGAUAAAAGAAGACAAACACAUAUUCCUGUUUGGAGGUGAUGAUAUCGAUUGGAUCCGCAAAUUCACCAGCAAAACCCGGGCAAUGGCGACUGAUUCCUGGAUCCCAUUAGAGAUGGUGUAUGUCGGUCAAAAAAAGGAGAAGGAAAGUGUGCGUAGGGCUGUUGAUGUCAUUAAAAUCGAGAAGCUUAGUGACAGCUGGCAACAACAGACCAUGCGGUUCUUCUGGACACGAUUAGAGAGCAUGUUGUACUCCAAGAAUCAAGUAAAAAGGGCAGAUCCUGAAGACCCCAUGAUGAAACAAAUCAUGAAACUUGUAAGCUAUGACAAGGAAUGGGCUUUGUUGUGUAGAGGAUCAAAGAUUCUGACCAGUGGAAAUGGAACCACAAUCAUGGAAGCACUAGAUGGCUUUAUGAAUAGGGAUACAAGUAUUGAAUCAAAGGGGUUUGAUUCGUCGUUUACAGCAUACCUUGAUAGGACUCAUGUUCCAGCAACAGUGUGCUGCCGAUUUGAGUUUCCCGCAGCAGGAGGUCGGCUAAAGAAGGAGGCUUUAUUGUAUGUCCUUUCAAGCGAUGUAGGAAGCCAUGGCGAUGCUGUAGCACUCCAAGAGUCCAAGCUUUGUGAGCGAAAGCUAUCGAUAUAG